UACUGGAGAAAUCCAAUUUGACUUCCUCUUUAUCGCACUAGCCUGUGGAACACAGGUAAUAAUAGGCCAUGUUCUUUAGUGUCUGUCUUGUUUUUCCGUAGAAGUAGGGUCGCAAUGUUGGAAAGUAUUGAAUGUAUACGUUUAAUUGUGCAUUUCGGUAACGACGAACAUCUUUUGUAUAUUUUUGGCAUAACUUCUGCCAUAUUCGUUCAUGUCAGUCGGACACGCACUUUACAACGUGGUUAGCACGCUAACGUUAGCUAGCAAGAGUGACAUGGCGCCGGUGAGGCCAAACGUUAAUGUACUGUAGUAGUCGAUGCAUCUUCUCAAAGCAAUCCUUAGACGCUAGUUACUUGGCUAGUUAAAUAACUAACAUGUUCCCAGUGUUGGUUUCAACGGCCAAGUUACACUAGUUACUUAGUAACUACAAGGAUAACCACUAGCGGAGCCUCUCUCAGUAAACUGACCCUGAUCAAUACAAUUACAUCUACUUAUAGUUUGCUAAUAGCAUAACUGCCUUAUUACACAUGUUAGUAUUAAUGGUGUAUGACGUAUGAUGGUCUGCAGAAUAAUUAACAUGGGUCGAGAUUCAUUAUGUCCACUUGUGUAAUCGCUAUAUUGGAACUGAAACAGCCAUAUCAAUUAUUCCUCAGGCACUUUGACCAACCAUGCCCGUUGCCAGGAGUUGGGUUUGUCGCAAGACCUAUGUCACCCCCCGUCGCCCCUUCGAGAAGUCUCGUCUCGACCAGGAGCUUAAACUUAUCGGUAUGUGUGCAAAUACCAGGUUUUGAUUCAUAUUUAUAUUGAAACUGCUGGUCUCUAAAUAUCUUGUUUUUAUUCAGUAAAUUGACUUUAAUCUCUCAGGGGAGUAUGGUCUGAGGAACAAGCGUGAGGUUUGGAGGGUGAAGUUCACCCUGGCCAAGAUCCGCAAGGCCGCCAGAGAGUUGCUCACUCUGGAUGAGAAGGACCCCAAGCGUCUCUUUGAAGGUACACCACAUCUAGCUUGUGCUCUGAGCUAUAUUUUGACUGCUCUUAGAAAUGCUUUGAGCUGUUAGCUAGUUAAACAUUGGCCAAUGAUUUAAACAUUUUGAUAUUCAGAUUGUCUGUGGUGUCAAGAAUUCCUCGUGAAUGAGGCCGUCAGUCAGAUUUCCAGAUGCCCUAAGUCAGGGUUAUUCAGAUCUUACCCUACGAGGUCCAGACUACUGCUUGUUCUGUUCUACCUGAAUUAAUUGCACCCACCUGGGGUUCCUGGUCUCUAUUAGGUCCAGAUAUAUUUGAGGGCCCUACGUUGUGAUUGAAAAUGGUUAUCUUCUAGGUAACGCCCUGCUCAGGCGCCUGGUGAGGAUCGGUGUGCUGGAUGAGGGCAAGAUGAAGCUCGAUUACAUCCUGGGCCUGAAAGUGGAGGAUUUCUUGGAGAGGAGGCUGCAGACGCAGGUGUUCAAGCUGGGCCUUGCUAAGAGCAUCCACCAUGCCCGCGUUCUCAUCCGCCAGAGGCACAUCCGGUAAGCUAAGGGAGAUGGUCACUAGAUUGCCAUGCUUGAAAGGACAAGUCGGUAGAUCAUUACACUAGUCUGUUAUUUUGAAUAGCGUCUAUGAUAAACUUGUGACGGGUUGGUGAUAAACCAUUUGUAACAUGUAUUUUUCUAAAAUGUUGUCCUUUCUCACAUGGCUACACUAACUGUUCAGGUGACUAUUGUUAUGAGGUGACUCAACUCAUGAGAUACUUUCUCAAUCCUUAGAGGGCCUCUGAAACGAUAGCGCGUCGCUGAGCGCGGUUUAACAUUUUCAGCAAGGUCAAUUCGGUAAAAAACCGUAUACCUUGUCUAUGACUGCCCAGAGCCAAUCCUGCUGAUCAAGAGUGGGCAAACAGUUUCAGCAAGGUCAAUGCAGUAACAAACUGUAUACCUUGUCGAUAAGACUGCCCAGAGCCAAGCAAGAGGCAGACUGCUACCAUGGCUUAUUGGCUUGACAGGUAAUGUAUGGGGGAUUGCACCUCGGGCAGAUAUGUGGACCAAUGGUCAUGGCAAACUGUCAAGUGUAUGCUGUGUAUUUGACUUGUAAGGCAAUCGCAGGGUCUUCAAUUGAGUUUGGUAAGAGUAGCUUACCUCAUCAGGCAGGCCGAUGAUUAAAAUGAAUAUUCAGACUUCCUGUGUUGUCAAGAAUUCCUCGUGAAUGAGGCCUGUCAUUGAUGCCAAACUAUCCCCAUCUAGAUGGUUAUUUGUUUAGGCUAUUAAAUGGGGGGUGGAACAAAUCACUCAUUGAUCUCUCCUUUCUCCCUCCAGUGUGCGCAAGCAGGUGGUGAACAUCCCCUCCUUCGUGGUGCGCCUGGACAGCCAGAAGCACAUUGACUUCUCCCUGCGUUCACCAUACGGUGGUGGACGCCCCGGCCGUGUCAAGAGAAAGAAUGCCAAGAAGGGCCAGGGUGGCGCUGGAGGAGCUGAUGAGGAAGAGGAGGAUUAAAAUGGAGGCUGACCGGGGGUGUUUGUGUCUGACACUUAAUGUUUUUCAAUAAUAAUAAAAAUUAUUUGAC